GCCAUGUGGUAAAGGUUCUGAACGGCGAGGACAAGGACAAAGAGAUGCCUCUGCACCUGGAUGGCAUGAACAGCGGCAUCCGCGUGGCGAACGUGACCGCGUCGGCUUAUGAGGAGGAGGUGCACAAGAUCAAGGCCUUUUUUCGUGCCCGGCACUCCUUCAUCCUGGACUCGCUCUCGGG